CUUUUCCCAUCACUUUCAAAGUCUAAUCUUUAUAAACUUGAGCCGUCGAUCUUUACAUGUACCAAAUUUAAGUGAAAGACCACCUUAAAAGAUAUGUCAAAGCCAAAUGUAAGAAGAUCAUAUGCAAUAGAGAAACACAGUAGCAGCAGCAGUAGUAGUACCCAAACAAACAAGAAUUAUAACUUGUUUUAUUUAUCCAAACACUUGAAGAAAGUUUACCCAAUAGGACUUGAUAAAACUUAUUCCUUUUCUUCUCUUUCGUUGUCUCUAUCUCAGACUUCAGAUGAUGAGAAAUUAUCUUCGGCCUUUCAGAAAAGACAAGUUCCAGCAGCCAUUAAAAAUGUUAGUCGUGCUUUAGAUUAUGCUAAGCCAUGUCCUAGUGAGAAAGAGCUUAUGAGGUGCAGUUGGAUAACAACUACCAGUGAUAAGGUUUAUGUGCAGUUCCAUGAUGAAUGCUGGGGUGUUCCAGCCUAUGAUGACCAUCGAUUGUUCGAGCUACUUUCAUUGGCUGGACUGUUGAUGGACUACAACUGGACUGAAAUUUUAAGGAGAAGGGAACUAAUAAGAGAAGCUUUUGCUGGAUUUAAUGCGAAGCAAGUGGCAAAAAUGGGGGAGAAGGAGAUUAAAGAAAUAAUCUCCAGUGCAUCACUGAUGUUAGCAGAAAAUAGAGUUAGAUCAAUAGUAGAUAACGCCAAAUGCAUAGUCAAGAUUGGGAAGGAGUUUGGAUCUUUCAGCUGCUACAUGUGGAACCAUAUGAAUUAUAAACCAAUAAUUAACAGAGUUAGAAAUGCAAGAAACGUUCCACUAAGAACUCCAAAAGCAGAAGCCAUUAGCAAAGAUUUGGUGAAGAGAGGAUUCCGACUUGUUGGUCCAGUUAUUGUAAAUUCAUUCAUGCAAGCUGCAGGAAUGACAAUUGAUCAUCUGCUUUAUUGUUUUAGACACAAAGAAUGUGUAAAUCUUGCUGAAAGACCUUGGAGACAUGUUUGAAACAUUUCACUCAUAUAACUUUGUUCAUUGUUUUUCUUCGGAAAAUAUUAAAUAAGUUAUGAAUACACU